CCAAUAAGCAAUACAUUCUUGAAAAAAUAACCCUUCAUCACAAAAAAACUUGCCCAAAAUUUUAUUUGAAACGUGGCAACCCUGCUCGCUGCACAGCCACAUUCAGCUGAAAAUACUGAAAAUCGAGCAUUAGUCCCAUUAGUCAAGCGAGAACCGUCGUGCACGUAUAUUAUAUAGUUUGUUGGUGUUUAGUAGAAUAACACAGUGAUUGGUUUUCCGGUAGAUACAGUGAUUGUUUGUUGUAUUGUAUGGCAGUGGUGCAACCAAAUAACAGCGUAUACAGUAUUAACAUAUGUGAGUGUAUAUAGUUACUCAAAUUUGCGAAAUGUUUUUGGUGUCUUCUUUUUAAAAUCAACCGGUAGUUUUUGGUUUAGUUUGUAUUCUGUGCCGCUUCAUGAGUGAGAGAUUUGGAGUUUAUUUUUAGAAAAGCGGGUAGUGUUUUUAAUCUGGAAAGCCAUUCAAUCGUUCUGUUAUGUAGGUCGAAUUUAUGCUUAUAUUCAAUGUGAUACGUCACACUAUAACCAAGUUUACAAAAAUACAGUCGUCAAUUAUAGUCAGUAAUCAGUAUAUUUCCAGAGAUACUCAUAUUGGAUGGUAUUUGGUUAUUUUAGGCUGUUUUUCACAAACCGGAAGUCGCCAUCUUGGAUUUCAAAAUGAUAUAUAGAUAAAACAUUUUCCAGAUCCUUACUACUCAGUGAUGGAAUCGCUAGGACCAGCAAAAAACAUGCCACCUCCUCUUCCACCCAAACCGCACAAAUCACCUAUGUUAAAUGGAUCCAGCACAGGACAUAUAUACCAAAACAACAACGAUGAAUUGUUACAAAAUGGAGCUAAAAGUAUUUCUACAAAUCGGUUCGAUGUCAGUAAUCCACUGCUCCUUCCUGAGGAUGAACAAGUAGUGAUGACUCCGCAAGGAAAAACGAAUAGUUCUACCGUCUUGCUUAUUGAGCGUAAACUAGUGCAGCAAAUUGGUGAACGAACUCAUGUAGCAGGUGGUGAUCAUCGAGGUAUCAUCAUUAACAAAGAUACUAGUACGGAUCGUCAACAAGAGCGUAGUCCACCACAGCUUAGUUUAGAAUUUCGCGUGUUUUUAGUCAGUGCAAAUACAGGUCAACAUUCACAAGAAUCGCGAAAAAUACGUUUCUGGUUUCGUGACUGGCUUCAAGAUGGUGAUAUACAAGCGCAUGUGGCUCAGGAUUUCUUCCGAGCGCUGGUCAGUCCUAAAGAAUUCCCUCGAGAUUAUGUUGGAUUUAUCAAAAAAAUUAUGAAGCAACUUCAGAAGGGAUAUAAUGAGAUACAAGCGGUUGAAGUGGAACUUCGGAUACUCGAACAAACAUCCGCACCUCCUUCACGUCCGCCUCGUCCUGGUCACGUUAUAUUCUGUUAUGGGAAUUGCAAUCAAAGACUGCACUCCGAUAACAAGAACUGUGUGAAAAAACUGAACUUUACUGGUGAAGGCAAAUGUGAUAUUGGUGACGGUAGCAUACAUCCUUCCCCUAUUCAACAGCCCGCAGAAACCCCUUGUGUAUCAUUUGAGGAUUCACAAUUCGAGGUGGUUCCUCUCACUCCAGAAAAGGUUCUAGAAAUGAUUGAACAGGCGUAUCCAAAUCCUAUCACAUCAGAGGAUUUGGCAAAGGACAAUGGUUGGGAAGAGGAAGAGGUGCUACAGAUUAUGCUUCUUUUGAAAGAACGUGGCCUUAUUAAAUCUAUGGAAUUCAACUCGUUUACCCGUAUACAUCAUGACGACACAGAGAUCAAGAUUGUGAAACAAAUGCCUACAAUUGCAUCAAAUAAGCAACCAACUAUCGCCAUAAUUACCGCGCAAUAUUGCGAGAAACUUGCUGUAGAUGCGAUGUUAGAAAACAAGGAAACAUUUGUUCGUUAUACUACCGUGGGGACAUCUCCAGAAAAAUCAAUUAAUGGCCUGCAGAGAAAUAGGAAGAGAAGAAAACGUUUUGGAGAAUCCAACGUUUACACCUUGGGUAACAUCGGAGCACAUCGCAUUGUCAGCACUAAACUGCCCUCAGUAGGCAGCUCUAGAGAGGCUAUGACAGCGGCUGGUAAUACAACUACACGUCUAUUAGGGACGUUUCAGAAAGUUGAUUACGUGUUGAUCGUGGGAUUGGCGGGUGGUAUCCCCCAUUACACUGACUAUAAGAAACAUGUGCGCUUGGGUGAUGUAGCUAUUUCCUUUCUCUCGGAAAAUAACAGGAGCUUAUUAGAAACAACCGAGCCGAAAAUAACAUCGGAGCCUUACUGUUAUGUGUAUAGCAAUCAAGGGGAGAUCAAAACGUAUUAUCCAGUCGAUGAUGGUUUGCAAAAAAUUGGGAAGUCACUUCAGAUGAAUGAAGACGGUAAAAAACCAUGGGAAAUUUACAUCAAAGAAGGUCUCAUAAAUCUCAGCAAUAAAAGUGAGAAUGAUUUUAAUCGACCUGCUGCAAACACGGACAAGCUGUACAUGAACAUUGGUAACAAGGAUGUAAUCGAAGUAGCACAUCCAGUGUCACAAGAUGAUGUUGACGGAAUUCCCCAAACUCGGCUACAUAUUGGUCCGAUUGGAUCUGGAGCUGAUAUUAUCAAAUCGGAUAACCUUAGAACUCUGUACUCGCAACAGUACGGUCUUGUGGCAACAGACGUAGAAAUGAAUUCUGUUCUCGAUAGCAUUGUAGGAAAUUGCAGAGAAAGCUUUAUUUUGAUAAAAGGUAUUUCCGACUAUAAAGAUGGUACCACGUCAAAAAAAUGGCAAAACUAUGCAUCGCUUGCUGCUGCUGCAGUUAUGAAAACGAUAAUCUGUGCAUUGGAUGCACCUACCAAUGUUUGAAACGUUUGAUUGAUAACAAUCAUAAAUCACCAUUGCAAGUUGUGGCAUAAAAGAACCAAAUACCUAAUUUAGUUUGUUGUUAGUGCUUAUAACUGUUUCAUACGUUUUACCGUAGUAUAACUAUUAUCACAAACAUUCUAGUGCACAAGAAGAAGACUAUGUAAAGUAGAAUUUUGUAUAUUUGGUUUAUAAUAUAUUAAUUUAUUCUAAAA